AUGUCAAUAAACAGCAACCCACUCUAUUAUAAUAGUCAAGCGUUCGUUUUUCUUAUCGAACAAGUUUUAUUGACAAAUACAUGCAACGAAACUACAUUACCAUGUUAUUGUCGCAUAAUUGAAGAGAGAAAAUAUCAAAAAGUCGUCGAAGUUCUUGAAAAAUUAGUUCAAAUUCAAAAUGAAUCAUCAUUAUUGCCAUUUCUCAUUGAAUCAAUUUAUCGUUCAUUGAAAUAUUGUCAUUUAUCUGAAAACUGCAUUACACUCUUAGAAAAUAAUCUUGAUCACGAUGAUCGAUUGAUUCGAAGUAUUUCAUUCAAAGGAUUAAGAAGGAUUCUUAGUAAAACGGAAUGUACAAAAUCUCAACGAUUUCAAGAUUGGUGCGAUUUCACAAUAGAAAACCUAUCAAAUGCUGGAAGACGCAUAGCAAAAGUUAAAACAUAUUUGGAUGUAUUAAAGGUAAUCGUCUCGCUGGAGUUUAUUGAUUUAAGAAAAAUGACAAUGAAAAAUGGACAAGAGAACUUAUUAGAUCAAGUUUAUUUGAACAUUUCAAAGCAUGUGACAUUGAACAGAUCGAUUUCUACAGUAAUUGGUUUAUAA